AUGAAGAAUUUUGCACUUCUUGUUGGGGCAGCCCUGGCGGCCAUUCCCUAUGUCUCCGCUCACUAUUUUUUCCCUCACUUCAUUGCCGAUGGGAACUUCACGGGAUAUUACGAGUACGUUCACGAUUUCCGCUGCAAUACCGGUUCCAUGGACUAUGCGAGCAAAACAGGUGUAUACAAAGUCAAGGCUGGUGAAACGAUCGGCUUUGGUACCGACUUCAACGCUCUCAUUCAGCACCCCGGCCCGCUUCAGGUUUACAUGUCCAAGGCCCCUGGAGAUGUGCGUGAGUACGAUGGAUCCGGAGACUGGUUCAAGAUUUACGAGCUCGGUCCGGAAAGUUUUUCUAGCGAUGGAAUUACUUGGGGUGUGACAGAUGUCGGAAACUUUACCUUCCAACUGCCCAACGAAAUCCCGGCUGGUCAAUACCUUGUGAGAAUCGAACACAUUGCACUUCAUGGCGCUGGGGACUGGGGAGGUGCCGAAUUCUACUUCAACUGCGCUCAAAUUGAGGUCGAAAGUGACAGCACCACCACUCCGUCUCCUUUGGUCAAAAUCCCUGGAGUCUACGAUGGAUAUGAGCCCGGUAUCCUGUUCUAUAUGUAUCGCGACUAUAUCGUCAACUACACCAUGCCUGGUCCACUUGCAUAUCCACUGGCAGAUGCAGCAUUGCCGAACAUCACUGCGUCGGGUAUAAGUGUUGCCCCAACUACUGCCUGGUCGGCGCCAGCUGUUACACGCUACGCCUCAUCUGUCUCGAUUGUUCAGUCAAGCCCUGUUGCUUCUCACUCAAAGGCAGUUAAUCCUGGCUCAACUGCCACCAGUGCGCCUUUUGUCCGUGGAACAAGCACCUCGUCGUCUACUUCCUCACAGACGACAGAGGCAUCUGGAAAAACUGCUGCUACUAGUCCAGCUUCGAAUAUGGAUUCAGCUCAGGCCACAUCUGGUGAUGACUCGGUUUCUAGUCCUACGACAACUAUUUCUGCUGCUGUUGCUGAAAGCACCUGUGGACUUACCAAGACUGUAACUGUUCACACCACUGUUACUGUGCCUUCUCCUACUAGUGAACCCACCUGUGUUGCGGCCACUUUGACCACGACCACGACCACUACAACCACUAUUCUCGCGAAGGCUACUGGGCAAGUCUGA